UUUCAUUUAUAAGGAAGUGAAAGUAACAAAGCCACUGGAGAAAUGGCGCAGAAAGGAGUUCAGCUGGACCGAGAAACUUUCUCUUGUUCGAUCUGUUUGGAUCUUCUGAAGGAUCCGGUGGCUAUUCCCUGUGGACACAGCUACUGCAUGAACUGUAUUAAAAGCUUCUGGGAUGAAGAGCAAAAGAAGAAAACCUACAGCUGCCCUCAGUGCAGACAGACUUUCACACCGAGGCCUGUCCUGGUGAAAAACACCAUGUUAGCAGUUUUAGUUGAGCAGCUGAAGAAGACUGGACUCCAAGCUGCUCCUGCUGAUCACUGCUAUGCUGGACCUGAAGAUGUGGCCUGUGAUGUCUGCAUUGGAAGAAAAAUGAAAGCCUUCAAGUCCUGCCUUGUUUGUGUGAUCUCUUACUGUGAACAACAUGUUAGGCUUCAUUAUGAAUGUCCUGCCUUUGAAAAACACAAGCUGGUGGAGCCCUCCAAGAAGCUCCAGGAGAACAUCUGCUCUCGUCAUGAUGAGGUGAUGAAGAUGUUCUGCCGUACUGAUCAGCAGAGUAUCUGUUAUCUCUGCUCUGUGGAUGAACAUAAAGGCCACGACACAGUCUCAGCUGCAGCAGAAAGGACUGAGAGGCAGAGAGAGCUGGAGGUGAGUCGACAAAACAUCCAGCAGAGAAUCCAGGACAGAGAGAAAGAUGUGAAGCUGCUUCAACAGGAGGUGGAGGCCAUCAAUCAGUCUGCUGAUCAAACAGUGGAGCACAGUGAGAAGAUCUUCACUGAGCUGAUCCAUCUCAUCCAGAAAAGAAGCUCUGAUGUGAAGCAGCAGAUCAGAUCCCAGCAGGAAACUGAAGUGAGUCGAGUCAAAGAGCUUGAGGAGAAGCUGGAGCAGGAGAUCACUGAGCUGAAGAGGAAAGAUGCUGAGCUGAAGCAGCUCUCACACACAGAGGAUCACAUCCAGUUUCUACACAACUACCCCUCACUGUCAGCACUCAGUGAGUCUACAGACUCAUCCAGCAUCAAUAUCCGUCCUCUGAGGUACUUUGAGGAUGUGACAGCAGCUGUGUCAGAGGUCAGAGAUAAACUACAGGACAUUCUGAGAGAGGAAUGGACAAACAUCUCACUGACAGUCACUGAAGUGGAUGUUUUACUGUCAGAUCCACCAGAGCCAAAGACCAGAGCUGAAUUCUUAAAAUAUUCAUGUGAAAUCACACUGGAUCCAAACACAGCACAAAAACAGCUAUUAUUAACAAGAGGGAACAGAAAAGCAGAAUUUAUGAGUCAAAAACAGUCUUAUUUGGAUCAUCCAGACAGGUUUGCUUUUUAUUGUCAGGUCCUGAGUAUAGAGAGUCUGACUGGACGUUGUUACUGGGAGGUGGAGUGGAAAGGAAAAGGAGUUAUUGUAGCUGUUGCAUACAAGAAUAUCAGCAGAGCAGAGGGUGGGAAUGAAGGUAUUUUGGGACGUAAUAACAAAUCUUGGGCAAUAAAAUGUUCCAACAACAGUUAUACAUUUUGGCACAACAACAAUGAAACACCCAUUUCAGGUCCUCGUUCCUCCAGAGUAGGAGUGUACCUGGAUCACAGAGCAGGUAUUUUGUCCUUAUACAGCGUCUCUGAAACCAUGACUCUCCUCCACAGAGUCCAGACCACAUUCACUCAGCCGCUCUAUGCUGGACUUUGGCUUUACUCUGUUGGAACAAGUUCUGAGUUCAUUAAACUGAAAUAGAGUAAAGUCUUUCAAAUUGUUAUGGGUUUAAAUCUGUAUUUCAUUUCAUUCCAAAUUCAUGUUGUCUCUCUGAUUGAUUUGGCAUUUUGCAGAGAUCAGCUGUCAGUCAAAAAUUAUGCGUGGUGCCUUGACAACUUUUUGCUGGUCUCUUGAGUUUUUCCAGUUUUUUAGGUUGAGCUCUUUCCCAAGUCUAUUUAGCCAUGGAUGUUUUCAUUGCUCAUGAUGAUUAUUAAUUUACAAAAUUAUUUAUCCACUUGAAAAUUUAAACUUCUCCUUGCUCUAAAGGUUUGGUGAAUAUUUUAUUUUUUGAUGCAUUUGUAUGUUGUUGUUUCUCUUCCACUUCAUGGGCCUUAGUGUUUGAAAUUCUUUUACCUUUCUUAACUAAAAACUUUUGCUUUAAGAUAAAAAGUGGAGAUUUUGAUUGCAUUUUAAUUUCAAGAUUUAUUUUGUGCUCCUUGUCACUAAAAGUAAUUCAUCUGUGAAGGUUCUCAGUCAUCAAGGUCAUCGUAGUCUAAGGAGCUUGGAAAGAAAAGCAUCUGGACUUCUUUAAGUUGCUUGAAAAGUAAUUCAUUACACAGGAUUAAAGGCUAUUGGAAAGUAAUGAUAUGAAGUUUGUGUUCAAAUAAAUACAUUUAAAUAUUUCAGUCUUGGGAACAUUUUUGUGUUUUGACAGUUUUCAAUAAAGAUUAAACAUCA